AUGAAGGAGAAUGAAAUCGCUUUAACAUUUAUUAAUCGAAUAGGUUUAGAAAAUAUCAAAAAUAAGGAAAUUUAUGAAUCUAUUAAGAAUUGCCUUUUCAAUACUGAAGUAAAAACAACUAAUUCCUCAAAUACAACACAAACUACAAACCUUCAAAAUGAAACAAAUAAUUUCAACACCUCAAAUGAAAAGUUAAAACUUAAAAAAAAUCAAAUUACUUUCAAAACUUCAAAUUUGCAAGGUGAAAACCUAAUUCAAGUACAACUAUUACAACAUUUAGUUUAUCUCAGAAAUGAAUCUAACGACGACACACAUGAUUCCUCAUUUAAGGAUGAUCUUAAAUCAAAAUCACUUCUGAUUUUCUCAAAGAAUUUGUUAAUUGAAUUUAAGAGGAAUAGUAGUUGGUAUUCAAUUUUAGAUGAUACACCAGAAGAUGGACCAGAAAAAACAUUAAAAGGGAUUGAUAAAUUGAUUGCCCUAGUAUUAUGUUUAAGAAGACUAGAAAAAUAUACAAAUAUUGAAUCCUCGGUAGUUUCUCUUUUGGCAAGCAAUGUUUUAUUCAGUUUCAGAUACACUUUUCAGUCAGAAACAAGUAAUUUAUCUGUAGUAGAUCACCCAGAGUGGGCCAUAGAUUAUAUGAAAAACACUGUAAAAAAAUAUGCGAGAGUGUUUAAGAAUGUAAAAAGUGAGUUGAAAUUCGAUACCACAAAGUAUUUUAAUGCAUUGAUACCUCAACCAUAUUCCGAUGAUCCAAGUUUAUUGGAGGAGUUCAGUAUGAUAUGUAAAGAAAUAGGAAUGGAUGAGAUUAUUUCAAAUUGGUCGAUGUUAUUGGCAAAGGAAACUAGAUUGUUUGUGUACAGUAGAUUGCCAUUUCUGGUGUAUGAUUACUUUUUGGAAAAUGAUUAUAGUAGAUUAGAGUUAUCCCAGUUAAUAAAAUUAAUUGGAACUCCAGAUUCUUCAAAUCUUCUUGAAGUUAGUAGGUCGACCUUUGAAGACGAGAAGGUAAACAGCGUCAUAUAUACAAUGAUGAACUCACUAGUCAAUUUCGCUAUGUAUUUGAGAAGUUUUGACCAGUAUGCAAGCUUUGAAUUGUUUUCAGAUUUUGAUAAUAAUACUCUAGUACCAUAUAUAAUGAUACAGCUAUAUCAUUAUCCACUAAUAACUGAUGGUCCUAAUAACAUAGAUGGUCCUAACCUUAUACAUAGUUCUAAUGUUGGAGAUGGUUUUAAUCAACCAGACCUAAAUUCAAGUCUAGAAGAUUUUAAUCAUAAUUCUAGUGUGAAUCCAGAUACAUUGACUUCUAAUGAUAAAUGUAAUAGAAUUGAUAGUAAAAUAAUGCUUUGUUUUGAUUCUAAUAUACUAUUUGGUUGUUUGGACGCUUUGUUGGAGAUGGAAAAUGCUCAUGUUAUGACACUAAUGAGGAAAUUGGUAAGUAUUGAAUCAUUCAGUGAUUCUAUCGGAGUUCGAUCAGGACUCACAGCUAAUAUGUACCUACAAGACCGCCACUUUCUCACACAAGUUUCAAAUCUUCUAACGGCUUUGUUAAACAGAAUUGAAUUACGCUGUCAAUGCUUAAGAUUCUUGGAAUCCAAGAAAAAAUACGUCUCAAAAGUAAUCGUUCCAAUGUUAGACUACUUUGUGGAAAAUGUAAAACAGAUAUGGAACUCACUGGACAGUAUACUUGACUCUUGCACAAUAUCAUGUCUUCUUAUGGAAUCAGCGACUUCACUAUAUGAGUUUUUCCAAGAAUUCCCACUCUCUGAACUCAUGCCAGAGUCAUUAUCAAAACUGGAAACGGUUAAUCAGAAAAUGAUCACAAUCUUCGAUCAAUACUUUGUGGAGCUCUAUUAUGAUUCAUUCAAACAUGUACACAGACAACCACUUGAAGUUCUCAAUACAAUUACCAACAAAUUAUUACGUAAUCAAAUAUUUAUUAUAUUUAAAAUUUGUGCACUGUGUAGUUAUAAAAAUUAUAAAAAGAUUGUUACACAAGCCAUCACAUCGAUGGAAAAGUUGUUAGUAUCAAUUUUGAUACCUAAUAAAUCAAUAGUGUUCAUUCUCGAGGACGAAGAUGAUGUGGAAACAACACUGAGCAACUGUCAGUACAUGUUAGAUUGUGUAAGGAAGUUAGUGGAGCCUGUGGAUUUUAAGGAAAGUGUGCAAAUGGUACAGGAUAUGGUUGUAAUCCUGAGUAUGGAGACGGUAGAGCUGAACACAUCUGCUGAGUACUUAAAUCUACUGGGAACAACUAAAAUUUCUGGGAAAGGUUCCGGUAAUGACAAGCACGGUCAAGAAUCUCGGGACAAAUCCAAGAAUGGUGAGGCAUCUGAGACCUUCCUUUCCAGUGUUCUUUACGAUGAUUUUGAAGGAGAUGUACCUGAAGACAUACACAAUAGUCUAAUAGUCUCGAAAAUAAAAGAAAAGUUAAAGAUUAAAAAAUUAAGUUUAUCUCAAACGUACACAUUAAUUAUCCACAUACUCUCGGCAUAUGACUCAGACCAACUCCCACCAGAGGAAUUCUAA